AUGUUGGCAUUGGUGGGAGGAGAACGAGGAGGAACUGCUACUAAAAUGGAGAAGGAAUUUGAUUCAAAGCUGAGUAUUCAGAAUAAUGGUCCAUCUUCAGACAAUAGCAAUAACCCUCAGAGAUCUCAGAGCUUUGCGUUUAGAGCACCACAGGAAAAUUUCAGCAUCCAAGAUUUUGAAUUGGGCAAGAUUUAUGGUGUUGGUUCUUAUUCAAAGGUCAUCAGAGCGAAAAAGAAAGACACCGGAACUGUCUAUGCCAUGAAGAUCAUGGAUAAGAAGUUCAUCACUAAGGAAAAUAAAACUGCUUAUGUAAAAUUGGAGCGCAUUGUAUUAGACCAGUUAGAUCAUCCUGGUGUAGUGCGGUUGUUUUUUACGUUUCAAGAUACUUAUUCUCUCUACAUGGCGCUUGAAUCUUGUGAAGGCGGAGAACUUUUUGAUCAAAUAACGAGGAAAGGCCGUUUGUCUGAGGACGAGGCUCGUUUUUAUGCAGCUGAAGUUGUGGAUGCUCUUGAAUAUAUACAUAGUAUGGGGUUGAUACAUCGAGAUAUUAAGCCGGAGAACCUGCUACUUACUACAGAUGGACAUAUUAAAAUUGCUGACUUUGGUAGUGUAAAGCCUAUACAAGACAGUCAGAUAACAGUCCUUCCAAAUGCAGCAUCGGAUGAUAAGGCGUGUACCUUUGUGGGGACAGCUGCUUAUGUACCUCCAGAAGUAUUAAAUUCUUCUCCUGCAACAUUCGGGAAUGACAUCUGGGCACUUGGAUGCACGCUUUAUCAAAUGCUUUCAGGGACUUCUCCCUUUAAAGAUGCUAGCGAAUGGCUUAUUUUUCAAAGAAUUAUUGCUAGAGACAUCAGAUUUCCGAAUUACUUUUCAGCCGAAGCACGAGAUCUCAUUGAUCGGUUAUUGGACAUAGAUCCCAGCAGGCGACCAGGUGCAGGACCUGACGGUUAUGCUUCACUCAAAAGCCAUCCUUUCUUCAAGGGAAUUGAUUGGAAUAAUUUGAGGGAGCAACCUCCACCAAAACUUGCAAUGGAGCCUAAAUCUCAGUCUAACGUGGGUGAGGACCAAGAUUCAUUGUGGAAUCCAGCACAUAUUGGAGAUGGUUCUGCAAAAACAACUGAUGGAAAUGGUGGUGCAUCAUCAACUUCCGAAGCUGGUAGCAUAACUAGGCUUGCUUCAAUCGAUUCAUUUGAUUCAAAAUGGCAACAAUUCUUGGAACCCGGUGAAUCCGUCCUUAUGAUCUCAAUGGUCAAGAAACUACGGAAACUAACAAACAAGAAAGUACAACUUAUCCUGACCAAUAAACCAAAGUUGAUUUACGUAGACCCUGCAAAACUGGUGGUUAAAGGGAACAUAAUAUGGUCUGACAAUCCGAAUGAUUUGAGCAUUCAAGUCACAAGCCCUUCGCAUUUCAAGAUUUGCACUCCAAAAAAAGUCGUGUCGUUCGAGGACUCAAAACAAAGAGCCUCACAGUGGAAAAAGGCAAUUGAAGCCCUUCAAAAUCGAUCUCAACUCCUGCAUGGAUAG